AUGGUUCUCAUCUGGACUCAGUUCGGCGUGAAGCACAAAAAUGUCAAUGUCAAGUGCAAAGUGCGAGUUAUGCACAGAGGUGACAGCUCAGGCUCCUCAUCAUCAGCGGAGAGCACCAGGUCUGAGCAGGACACGCCCUGCCUGUCCAUCAAGCCCACAGGCAAGGACUUCUACAAAGUCCUGGGCGUCUCCCAUGAAUCCAACGAGGACGAGAUCAAGAAGGCCUACAGGAAGCUGGCUCUCAAGUUCCACCCGGACAAGAACAGCGACGCCGAUGCAGAGGACAAGUUCAAAGAGAUCGCAGAGGCCUACGAGAUCCUGACAGACCCCAAGAAGAGGAGCAUAUACGAUCAGUUCGGAGAAGAAGGCCUUAAAAGUGGAAUGUCAAUGACAGGCCAAGGCAACGUUUUCCGCAAUAAUUUCCCCGGUGACCCCCACGCCACCUUCUCCUCCUUCUUCCACGGCUCAGACCACUUCGACAUCUUCUUUGGCUGUGACGCUGACGGCGAGGAUGAUCUCUUCAACCCCUUCAGACGCUUCCCCUUCAGCCACGUGGGCGGGUUCGCCGGCCCCGAGGGCGGCCUGCGAAGGGGCCAGCGGCGGCUGCAGGGCGACGAGGUCGUGCACGACCUGCUGGUGACCCUGGAGGAGGUGCUGCACGGCUGCACGAAGCACGUGAAGAUCACCCGCAGCCGCCUCAACCCGGACAGCCGUAGCCUGCGGUCUGAGGACAAGGUGCUAAAUGUGGUGGUGAAGAAAGGCUGGAGGGCGGGCACCAAGAUCACCUUCCCCAGGGAGGGAGACGAGACGCCCAACAGCACCCCUGCAGACAUCACCUUCAUUCUCAGGGACAAGGAUCACAGCCAGUACAAGAGAGACGGCUCCAACAUCGUCUACACAGCCAAGAUCACCCUCAAAGAGGCUCUCUGUGGCUGCACAGUUAACGUCCCAACACUUGACAACCGGAUGAUGCCUCUGCCGUGCAGCGACGUCAUCAAGCCGGGUGCUGUGCGGCGGCUGAGGGGCGAAGGUCUGCCCCUGCCCAAGAGCCCGUCGCAGCGAGGCGACUUGGUGGUGGAGUUCCAGGUGCUGUUCCCCGACAGGAUCCCACCACAGUCUCGCGAGAUCAUCAAGCACAGCCUGGCCCAGUGCUAG